UGCAAGCACACGUCAUAUCCCGACUGCACAAACGGAAGUUGAUCCCGAGCAUCUCCUUGACGACGUCCCUAGCAACCAACCACAGUGAGAAAUGGCAAAGAUUAUUGGUGCAAAGAAAACUCUGUGGCAACAAGUUUGCGAAGAAUAUGAAGAUGAGCUUCCCAGUCCUCCCAGCGACGGAUGGACGGACACUGCGUCCAUCAGCACGCACGUCUCUCAGUUCAGCGCCAGCAAACACUCCCCGGUCUACUACGGGCUCACGACAGCCAAGGUUUCUGUUGACGAUGACCCUCUGAGGAACUUUGACCCUCUUCUUGGCCACCCUGCCCUUGCUGGCUACUCCAUUUUGAGCAAAGCUCCUAAGCCAAGAGUAUCAAGUCAGAAGUGCAUUGCGACACCUCUUAUGAGUCCCCCAAAUCUCCAAGACCGUCCCAUCACUCAGUACUUGGAAGAGAUUGUGUUUCCUAUCUUGCUGCCUGGAUUAGAAGCCAUGCUCCGAGAGGCCCAGAAACAGAAUUGUUUCAAUAGGAAGGUAACAGCUUUUAACCCAUGUGACUUCCUGACAGAGUGGCUUUACAACCAUAACCCACGCAGACGAGAACAUCCGCCUGUUGGCUUCCAGGAUAUCCCCUUUGUGAAGGACGGGAUCCUCAAACAUCCAAGGCCUCCCAUCCCUCUUUCCCUCCUCCUGAGUGAGCACCAGGCAGCUAUUAUGAUCCAGUCUUUCUGGAGGGGAUACAAGGUCCGGCUGCACCCGGAGGUGCAGGAGCUCCGUGAGUGGCAGCGGGAGUUGCGGGAGGAGAACCGUGACAUCACCAAGACCGUCCAGCAGUUCUGGGCUCUGCAAGAGAGCCGAGCGGGCUCGGCGGUCGUCUCUCUCCCGGACUGCCCCGGGAACCAGACCUCGGGCGUGGCCAUCGAGGUGGUCUCCCCGACCCCCCAGAGCACCGUGGUGCACACGCCCACCGUCCCGCUGACGGCUGAGGGCGGCCUCGCCCCCCCGAGCCUCCCAACGCCGCCCGCCAAAUUCCUGACCUUACCGGACCAGGGUGGACCGCCCCCGGCCGUACCCGACCAGGGUGGACCGUCCCCGGCCGUACCCGACCAGGGUGGACUGCCCCCUGCUUCCACGUCCGCCUCAUUACUUGGAACGCGUAACCUGCCAUAGAGCGCCAUUACCCCCAGCAAUAGGUGCCAUUAACCGCGCCAUAAAUCGUACAGAACAGUCACAGGCUUGAGGCUAUGAAGUUAUUAGCGGGGGAUGUUAGACUGGUUGGGAGGAUGAGGGGAACAUGUCAUUAAAGGGCUGUGAGUUAAUGGGACACGGCUGCUGGGGAUUUAUGAGCUGGUAUUCCGUGACUAAUUCGUUGAGUGGCUGCCGUGGCCUGUUUUGAUGGAUUGCUCUACCGGAGUGUGUGAACACAGAGUGGGACACACACUCCGUCUGAUGACUGUACGGAGACGGCACUCACCUGCGGUACAGUGGGGAGCCACUUUCAUAUCUGCUGCUUUGAAUUGUGUGCUUAACGGCACGAAGGAAGUGAGGAUAGUGUUUCCCGCUCGGCUUCAGGAAGUGGGUUCAGCCUGGUUCUGGGUGGCCCUCCUGGCCAUCCUGUUCCCAAGGAAGGAGAAGGGCGCACUCAGUGGAAAAAGUGUGAAUCCGUGUGAGGAGACAGAAUGGAGGUUCAGUGAUGUUUGGCUGACAACUUUCCAUUAAACAGGAUGCCACAAGAUCACACAGAAAGCUGUUUCCAGGCCUUAAUUUACCAGUACAAAUAUACGAUCAGAUGUCCUUUCUUAUUGCAGAACCUGCCAGUCACAGCUGUCAAUUGUAUUAUACCCUGAUAUAUUUUGGUGUUUUAGACAUGCAACGUCCACUAUAUACAGGACGCUUUAUGUAUCCAUUCAUCUUCCAUCUUGGUCCUUCGCCUUUUUAAUGAUAUUUACAUGUUUUCUAGUGAAGAGUACGAGUGUUCGUCAUGUGACUCCUGCCCGAUCCCUCGCCUGCUGGAAAAUGCAACGUCGUCCUUUGUGCUUCAAACCCUCAUCAAUCCUGUCCCAACCGAGAAACGUUCAAAAUAAAGACGUAGAAA